AUGACCAGAAUGCAAAGAAUACCCUUUAGUGGAAAAGAAGAUAAUAUCAUUAAAGAGGUGAUGGAAGGGUUGGAUGAUAAACAACGUAACUGUUAUAAGAUUGUACAAAAUGUGCUUGCUAGGAAUUCUAUCCAAAGAUCCUUAAAACAAAUCCGUCAACGUUAUAAAAAUAAUCUGGACAAAAAACUUUGGAAAGAACCUUUAAAAGUUUAUGAACAAGAUUUCGUCAUUCAAUGGAUUGAAAAUAAUCAACCGAAUGGUAAAAUUAGCUAUGCAAAUUUAAGUAAUGUGAUGAAAAAUAGUUUCGGUAAAUUGUUCUCCGAGAACAAACUCAAGAAUUUUUGGAAUUCUAGAAAAAGAACAGAAAAUUUACGAGCUAAAAGAAAAUUGAUUAAUCAAGCUCCUUCGAUAAUUCGCCCGAUUCCUCGAUACCCAACUAACUUCUACUUUAGAAGUCAAACUCCUAACUUUACGGAUUCCUCUUUGAGAAACCAAGCUGUUGUUUCUUCUUCAGAGAUUCCUUCAAUUUCCAACUAA